AUGGUUGGAUGUGUGGUCUGCUUCUCGCCAAUUGGUGACAACUGGCGGACACGCUUGCGGCAGUUCCCCUCCCUGGUCAACUGCUGCACCAUUGACUGGUACACAGCAUGGCCCUCCGAUGCCCUCAUGGCUGUUGCGACACGCUUCCUGCAGGCCAUCCCCGACCUGGAUGAGCAGGUGCGCUCAAACUGCGUGGAGAUGUGCCAGUUUUUCCAUGCAGAGACGACGAAGUUGGCUCGCCGUUUCGAGGACGAGCUAAAGCGCAUCUACUACUCCACACCGACCUCCUUCCUCGAGCUUAUCCAGACCUUCAAGGCCCUCCUGGCCGAGAAACGGUCAUCGAUAAGCAGUCUGAAGUCCAAGUACGAGGUGGGUCUCGAAAAGCUGACAACCACCGAACAGUCUGUGGAGGGCAUGAAGCAGGAGCUCAUUGCCCUGCAGCCAAAGCUAGUGGAGAAGAACAAGGAGGUUGGAGAGAUGAUGAUUGUCGUCAACGAGGAGUCAGCGAAAACUGAGAAGGUGAAGGAGGUGGUCGCAGGUGAUGAGGCCGUUGCUAGCGAAGCAGCUGGGCAAGCCAAUGCCAUCAAGAAGGAGUGCGAGGAGGCACUUGCUGAAGCCAUGCCUGCCCUGAAUGAAGCUCUCAAGGCUUUGGACACAUUGUCUGGCAAGGAGAUCGCCGAAGUGAAGGCCAUGAAGAAUCCUGCUGCGCCGGUUCGGCUUGUCCUUUCCGCCGUCUGCGUGCUUCGCAAUGUGAAACCUGUGCGGGUGAAAGACGAUUCUGGAAAGAUGGUCGACGAUUUCUGGCCGGCUGCAGUGAAGAUGAUCUCGGACAUGGGCUUCCUCCAGUCGCUGCAGACGUUUGACAAGGACAACAUCCCACCGGCUACGAUCAAGAAAAUUUCAGAGUACACCGUCAAGGAGGAUUUCCAGCCUGAUCGCGUUCAGAAGGUUUCCACGGCAGCGUGGGGUCUUUGCAUGUGGUGUCGGGCCAUGGAGACCUACGAUCGGGUGGCAAAGGUCGUCGCGCCCAAGAAGGAGAGCCUCGCCGAGGCCGAGUCCUCUUACAACGCCAUGAUGGAGAAGCUGAAUGCCAAGCGUGCGGACCUGAAGAAGGUCGUAGAUGAGCUGGAUGCCUUGAACCAGAAGCUGAACUCACUCAGGCAGGAGCAAGACAACCUGACUGCCGAAGUGGACAAUUGCCAGAAGAAGCUGGAACGAGCAGAGACCUUGAUCACCUCCUUGGGCGGCGAAAAGACACGGUGGACGCAGAACGCCAUCGACCUGGCAGCUGACUAUGUGAAUCUCACGGGAGAUGUCAUCGUUGCAUCUGGUCUCAUAGCUUACCUUGGGGCCUUCACACCUGACUUCCGCGAGGGAGCUGUCUCGUCCUGGGCAGCAGAAUCUCGAGAACGCCAGAUCCCGGGCUCCGAGAAGUUCAGCCUCGAGCGUUGUCUGGGCGAACCGGUCAAGGUGCGUGCUUGGGUCGUAGCCGGGCUACCAAACGACUCCUUCAGCAUCGAGAACGGCAUCAUCAUGGACAAGGCAAGCCUGUGGCCCCUGUGCAUUGAUCCCCAGGGGCAGGCCAACCGAUGGAUCAAGAAGAUGGGUCAGCCACUCCAGAUCGUCGUGGCCAAGUUCACCGAUGGGGAUUACCUUAAGCGCCUCGAAGGCUGUAUCCAGUUCGGAAACCCGAUGCUCAUCGAAAACAUGCUGGAGGACACGGAUCCGGCGGUAGAGCCGGUGCUCCUUCGGCAGACCUUCAAGAAGGGAAAUGCGGUGAUGAUCAAGCUUGGUGAGACGACGAUGGAGUGGCAGAAGGACUUCAAGUUCUAUCUCACAACGAAACUGAGAAAUCCGCACUACCUUCCGGAGGUGGCUGUCAAGGUUACAUUGCUGAACUUCAUGAUCACACAGGUGGGCUUGCAAGACCAGCUGCUGAACAUCGUCGUGGAGAAGGAGCGUCCUGACCUGGCAGAAGAAAAGGCGCGACUGGUUGUGGAAGGUGCAGAGAACAAAGAGCAGCUGGAGAUCACCGAGAACAAGAUCCUGGAUGUGCUCAGUUCUUCCCAAGGGAACAUCCUCGAGGAUGAAGCCGCCGUUCAGGUCCUGUCUGCCUCCAAGCAAUUAUCGAACGAGAUUGCAGAGAAGCAGCAGACCGCUGAGACGACCGAAAAGCAGAUUGACGAAGCUCGUCUCCAGUAUGUUCCCGUGGCGUUUCAGACCGCCAUCCUCUUCUUCUGCAUCGCAGAUCUUGCCAACAUUGAUCCCAUGUACCAGUACUCACUCCCCUUCUUCAUCGGCCUCUUCAAGGCUGCUAUCGCCAAGUCGGAGAAGACGGACGACAUUGUCAAGCGCAUCGCGAUUCUGAACGACUUCUUCAUGGAGAUGCUCUACAAGAACAUUUGCCGAUCGCUUUUCGAGAAGCACAAGCUCUUGUUCUCGUUUCUGUUGACCAUGCGACUACGCAUCACCACUGGCAAGGUGUCUCCGUCAGACUACCGCUUCCUUCUAACAGGAGGCACUGCUAUGGAGGAGCCUCCGGCAAAGCCUGCCGACUGGAUUCCAGACAGGUGCUGGCUGGAGAUUUUCAAGCUCAGCAAGGUCGAGGAGCUUUAUGCCCAAAUCCCGGCCAGCUUCAACGAGCAGAUGGUGCGAUGGAAAGAGGCCUAUGACUCCUCGGACCCUAUGGGGUGUCUGACAGGGCCAAUGGCACCCCACUGCAUCGAAGAUCUUUCCGGCUUCCAGAAGCUCCUGGUGCUGAGGUGUGUCCGACCCGACCGCGUCUUGCCGGCGGUGUUGGGAUACGUGGCAGAUGAGAUUGGUGAAAAGUUCGUCACACCACCGCCUUUCGACAUUGCUGGCAGCUAUGCCGACUCUUCCACCAUCUCUCCCCUCAUCUUUGUACUGUCACCUGGGUCGGACCCGUCCUCAGCCCUGUACAUGUUCGCCACAGAGAAGGGCAGGGAGAUCAACAGCCUGUCGCUAGGUCAGGGUCAGGGCCCCAAGGCCGAGAGGCUGCUAGCGGACGCCACGCAGAACGGAAGCUGGGUGCUGCUCCAGAACUGUCACCUCUUUGCUUCCUGGAUGCCGAAGUUGGACAAGAUUCUGGAGCAGAUGGAUCCGAAGCAGACAAACUCGGACUUCCGGCUCUGGCUCACGUCCUAUCCCUCCGACAAGUUUCCAGUCUCGAUCCUGCAGAACAGCGUCAAGAUCACCAACGAGGCUCCGCAGGGUCUGCGCAUGAACCUCGAAGGAUCCUACUUAAUGGACCCCAUCAGCAAUGAGGAGUUUUUUGAGGCAUGUAAAAACCCGGAGGCGUUCAAGCGGCUUCUCUACGCACUUUGCUUCUUCCACGCCGUCAUCCAGGAGCGCCGGCUCUUUGGUCCACUGGGCUGGAACAUCCCAUACGAGUUCACGCAGAAUGACCUGCGGAUUUCCGCGAGACAGCUGCAGAUGUUUAUCGACGAGUCUCCUGAACAAAUACAGUACAAGGCCAUCAACUAUUUGGCUGGUGAGUGCAACUAUGGCGGCCGCGUGACGGAAGCACAGGAUCGGCGUCUUCUGAUGAUUCUCCUGCUUGAUUACUACAACGCAGAUGUGCUGACGCCAGGCCACGCACUUUGUGCCGAGCAUCCCGAGUUUACCGUGCCCCCGCCUGGCACCCUGGAGGAAACACUCGAGAACAUCCGACACACACCGUUGACGACCCCGCCGGGGAUCUAUGGUGCGCUGGGGCAUGUUUCGGGGUUUGAAGGUCUGGUAGGGGCAAGGUGGGGAGCUACGGGUCAUCGAAGUACGAAUGCUCGGAUCACGCUGAGCAUGUGA